UUUGAAAAGCCUAACAGAGCGCCAAGCAAAUAACAGCAAAUAAUUAAGAUUUUGAUUGAAAUUGAGCCUUUUUCUGACGGAGUUUGAGGCUUUCCAUGAAAAUCAGGAAGAGAGGAAGGAAAGGAAACGCGACUCAGUGGAUGGAGUAGUUUGAAUGAGGAGAAAAGAGGUUGUAAAUAUGACGAGUGUGAUAGGGACAAAGUUUUCUCUCUCUUCUUUCUACGGGAAGGAGGAAAAGAACCAAAUGAUGUACAAAAUGAGAUUAAAUGUUUUGAAUAAAUCACAAGGGAUGAAAAAGGCAGCCGGGACAGCUAUAAGGAAAGGCCGAGUAAAGAUGUCAACGAAAUAUGACGAGCUUAAAACACUGGACUCCUUUUAUGCGACUCCAUCACCUGUAAAACCCAAGAAGGUCAAAGUACAGAAAAAAAAAUUAAGACAGUCUAGCAACAAAAGCCUCGAAGCACGAAACCCCAGACCCUCAAGACAAGCAUCGGCAGCUGCCUCAGAGAAGAUGGCUUCUUUUGCGGCACAGUUGGAUGAUGACAUUGAUGAUGUUCUCCCUGACCGCCCCAAUUCAAUUAAGUUGAAGAAAAGGACUUUCAAAGAAGCACAGGAAUGCUGGUCUUCGGAUGAUGAUGAUGACAAUAACUGGAUUCCAAGGACCUCAAAGGGCACUGUGGCCAAGAAAAGGACAGUACCAGAACCACCUCCGCCAGAACCAGUUUUGUCUGAAUAUGAGAAAUCUGCACAGGAGAAAAUUGCUCAGCGUCAAAAGUUCCUUGAAGAACUUGGAAUUCUGCAAAUGAAGAGAGAGCUGCAGAAGAUCCCCAAAUCAAUACCUACUCCACCACAGAAAAAGGAACAUAGGCAGUCUGCAUGCAAUGAUAUAGGAAUGACGCAGGAUGAGGCAGCUCUUCCUACAGCCCAAAUUAAAGAACCAGUCAGAGAUGAGAGUGACACGGCACAAUCCUCAUCCGACCAGAAGCUGGAAGAUUCUCUAGCUCCAGACUCUCCACUAGCAACUGAAGAAAGGAAGGCUUUAGAAGUGGAAAGGUGCCCUCCUUCCAUUGAAUCUCAAGACUCUAACUCAGGCACUCAGGACUCGGCAUCAAAACACCCUGUUGCCCCUAGCAUCCACAAACCUUCCAAGAGGAGGUCACCCAUGAAAGCAAAGCAAGUGAAGGCAUCAAACAGUGUGCCGAAGGUACUGAAGACUCUGAGGGCCACUGCAGCGAAGGCCACAGAGCAGGCCAAGGCAACAAAGGGUCUUCCACGCACACUGAAGCAGAACCUAGAUGAACUUGUGAAGCCUGGAUCUCACCCUAGACGGAUUCUUAACACUCUAGCUGACACCAAGCGGAAGAUCAGAAGAAAAUUGACUUAAUGAUUGUUAAAGUCUAGUCAUUUAAUUGUAUUUUCCCCCCGUUUGUUCUCUCCUAGAUAACUAUUUAUACAAUAUGAAGAAAUCUACAGGAGUAUAGUGUGUACUUGCCUUUAUUAUUGGUGUGACAGAAAUUACUUUUAUGCUCACUCAUUUUACAUUUAAGUGUUGUAUUCUGUGUAGCUUUUUGAUUAACCAGUUUAUAUUUUUUUAGACUAAUCAAUAGAAUUCAUUUAUAUAAUUUUUUAAAACCCAUAAAUAUUCUUAAAUAUCAGCUAGAUAGCCUCUGUUCUGCACUGUAGCUCAUUAGCUGUGGAUAUUUAUUGUUGCUAAUUUAGUACAGAAAAACAAAAAUUGUAGGUUAUGGAAAAAUUCAAGGAAAAUAUUGCAGCAAGAAAAUAAAUCUUAGUGUUUUUGAGUCAAAGGGAAACUCCUCUUCAAAUGGGACCAGCAAAAGGGACACUCGACUAUUACCUUAGUCCCUUCUCGAAAGUAAAGAAGUAAUUUAUUAUCCUUCCUGACUUUCUCAUGUUAAGAGGAGCCCUUUUGAUGAGAAGCAUUACAGAUCUUUGGUUUAUUUUCUUAUCUUGGCUCGUUUAUAAUCACUA